AUGAACAACCUGGCGGCGCUGACCCGAUCGAUGGGCAAGUACCAGGAGGCCGAGCCGCUGUGCAGGCGAGCCUUCGAGGGCAGGGAGGCGCUACUGGGACGCGGCCCUAGCGGGCCGCACCCGCGAGGCGACUCUGCCCGCACCAGCCGAGAGUUCGACCUGGGCGCGGCGCGCCGCGACAUCGCCCGCUGCGAUCUUGUACGGGCGUUCGAGGUACCCGUUGCCGCGCGCCUGUGGUUCUCUGCUCGCGCGCUGGGUGAUCGCGGCCUCCUGGGUCACCGAGGGCCCAACCACCCGGACACGCUGGCAUCCCUGAACAACCUCGCGGUGCUGCUGCACCACACAGGAGCGGGGGAUGCGGAGCGCCCGGGGCUGAGAGCGGUCGAGGUCGAGCUCUGCCUCAAGAUCGCCAUGGUUUCGCUUCUCUUCGGCUCGGUCUGCAGCGAAGGAAGAUACGACGAGAGCGAGACCCUGCACCGGCGCGCCCUCAACGCCAGGGAGAUCGCUAUCGGGGCAAACCAUCCCGACACCCUGACCUCGCUGUGCAACUUGGCCGCCGUGCUCCAGGCCAUUGGAGAGUACCAGGCGGCGGAGCCGCUGAGCCGACACAGCCUCAAGGUCAGGGAGGAGACGCUCGGGCGACUCCACCCGGACACCUUGACCUCCGUCAGCAAUCUCGGCCUGUUGCUUCAGGCCACGGACCAGCUCAGUGAGGCGGAGACCCUCUGCGAGCGCGCGGUCGAGGGGCGGACCAAAAAGCUCGGCGCGUCGCACCCGGACACGCUGACCUCCGUCGAGAACUACGCCAUGCUGCUUAAGCGGACCAGGAACUACGAGAAGGCGCGGCCCCUGUGCCGGCGGAACCUGGACGCCCGCCUGACCGUGCUGGGCCCGUCGCACCCGGACACCCUGACCUCCUUCGACGGACUGGCCAUGCUGUUCGAGGCCAUGGGCAGAUACCAGGAGGCGGAGCCGCUGUGCCGCAGCACCUACGAGGCCAGGGUGAAGGUGCUCGGUCCCGCGCACCCGAUGACGCUGAGCUCUGCCAGCAAUUUCUCCGACGUGCUCCAGGCGCUGGGGAACGUCCACGAGGCCGAGCCGCUCUGCCGGAGCUGCCUGGAGGGCAGGCGCAAGGUGCUGGGCAAGACGCACCCCUCAACUCUGACGUCGCUCAGCAGCCUGGCCGUCCUCCUGGAGAAGAUGGGGCGGAUGGACGCGGCAGAGCCGCUGAGCAACGAGGCGCUCGACGCGUACGAGUCGACGUUGGGUCCCGCACAUCCGCACACCCUCACGUGCCGAAGUAAUCACGCGGUGCUGCUCCACAAGAUGCGAAGGUACGAGGAGGCAGAAGAGCUGAGCAGGCACGUGUUCGAGGAGCGGAAGCGGCUCCUCGGGCCGAUGCACCCCGAGACUCUGACCUCGGUCAGCAACCUGUCCGCGCUGCUGCAGGAGGUCGGCCAGCUGGAGGAGGCGGAGUCCCUGUGCCGUCUCGCCCUCCAGGCGAAGGAGACGGCCCUGGGUGCUGCACAUCCUGAUACGCUCGUCUCCCAAAACAACCUGGCAGCACUACUUGCCGAGAGGGAGAAGUACGAUGAGGCUGAGCUCAUCUGCCGCCGCGCCUUCGAGGCCACCGAGGCCGCCCUGGGCCCCACCCACCCGGACACCCUGACCGCCCUCAGCAACCUCGCGGCCACGCUGCAGAUGCAGGGCAAGCUGGAGAAGGAGGCGCUGCCCCUCUGCCAGGUCGCGCUCGACGCCCGAGAGGCCACGCUUGGGCCGAGCCACCCGGAGACCCUGGCGUCCCUGGAGAACCUCGCCGCGCUGCUGCAGGAAGAACGUCGAGGCCGAAGAGGUCAGCGGGGAAGCCGCACGGAUGCCUGA